AUGAUUAAGGAAAGUUGUCAAGUGGCAGAACUAUCUUGGAGACAGUUCGAGAAAUUGUUUAUGGAAAAGUACUUCCCAAACUCAGUAAGGCAAGAAAUGAUCCAAGAAUUUCUCCAACUAAAACAAAGAGGCAUGACUGUGACACAGUAUGCCAACCGAUUUGAGGCCCUUUCUCGCCAUGCCAUAGCUAUAGUGGCAAAUGAAACAGACAAAGUAAGGUGCUUUGAGUGGGGACUUGGUUCGGGAAUCCGAGACAAGUUGGUUGCAGUGCAGCUACCUACUUAUGCACAAGUAGUAGAUAGGGCUCUUACUCUCGAAAGAGAGAAGAUGGACGCUGCAAGGAUUCAAGGGGGCCACAACAACAAGAAGGAUACAAUCCUAAACAAUGUGGUAGGAAAGGGGCUAGAAGGUGUUAUGAAUGUGACCAGGAAGGGCAUUUUAGGAACAAUUUCCCUCAAAGGUCCGGCUACUAUGUCAAUCAAGGGGAAGCCACUCAACGAAACAAAUGCGCGCCAACUCAGGGAACACGAGCUGCGUAAAAUUCCCAAUCCAGCAAAGGGUGCCACCGGUAGAGUCUUUGCACUCCAAGAAGGAGAAGACACUGGAAAUCCUUUGGUGAUUCAAGGUAUACUCAUCCUUAUGAACUCUUGUGUACAAGUCUUGUUUGAUUCUGGAGCAUUACACUUUUUCAUAUCUGCUUCAUGUGUUGCAACUUUGGGAUUAGAGAUUGAACGAUUAGAAACACCUAUGAGUGUAGCUUCACCGCUAGGAGGUGUCUCCAGUUUGAAUUUAACUUGCGACCUACGAGUCAUGGAAAUGUCAGACUUUGACGUUAUCAUAGGAAUGGACUGGUUAUCAGCCCAUAAUGCCACCAUUGAUUGCUAUUGA